AUGCCUCUGCCACGACGCCGCUCCUCUUUUCUGGGUCAGUCGGCGUCCUCGUCGUCGUCCGAGCGCCCCAGCUCCGCCUGCGUCCGGGUGGCACCGGGCGGGGGCUCGUGCCGCGGCGUCUUCGUGGGCACGGCGCCCCCGACAAGCGCGGCCGCCGCCCUGGGGACAAGGGUGUCACGCAGAGCCCUGGGGAUCAGCAGUAUAUUCCUGCAGGGGACUAGGAGCAGCGCUGCGCCCCUUGUGCCACGGGCGGGCGACAGGGCGGCUCAGGGCGCGGCGGGGGCCGGGACUGGCAGCGGCCUCAACAGUUGUUUGAUGGAAUACCGAGACAAAGUUCGAGCGCUGGAACAGCUCAACCAACAGCUGGAGGAGCAAAUUCGCUUGAGUUUGGACCGCAAGGCGUCCAGCGCCGGUGCAUGGGGGCCGCUCAGGGGGCAGUGGGAGGACGUCUACAGGCAGGUCAGCGAGGCCAUCCUGGACAACGCUCGUCUGACACUGCAGACGGAAAAUGUGCAAGCCAACGCCGAGGACUUCAAGGAAAGGUUCGAGAGCGAGCGUCCCUUCCGCAAGGCAGCGGAGGACGAGAUCGCGUCACUUUACAAAGUCUUGGAGGACGCCGGCGUGACCCGAGCGGAGCUAGAGGAGCAGAUGGACGCCAUGCGAGCUGAACUCCAACAACUGGAGCGACAGCACGAACAGGACGUGCGUCUCCUCUACAGUCAAAUGUCCGGACGGGAACUGGAUCAACCGGAUGCUCCUAUUGAAACCAGUCUGGACCAGAUCCUGGCUUACAUUCGGAACCACUGGGAGAAGGUGACGGAGAGGAACCGCGCAGAAACCGACAACUACCAGGAAUGCAAGGACGCCAAGUGCGUGAGCCGGCUGAGUCCAGAAGAAGAAGAACUAGAGGCGCUGAAGGUCCAGUGCUCGGACGCCGGCUGCAAGAUACAAAGCCUGCAAGCUGAGACGGAAUCCAUCCGAGCUCUGAAACGAGGCCUAGAAAACUCGCUGGGCGACGCCCGGCAUUGGCACGACAUGGAGCUCCAGAACCUGGGCUCGGUGGUGUCUAAGAUGGAGGCGGAACUGGCAGACGUACGUGCCGAGAUGGAGCAGCAGCGCAGGGACUACGAUGCUCUCGUCGCUAACAAGCAGCGCCUGGAGCAGGAGAUCAGACUCUACCACGGGAUCCUGGACGGAGAGGAGCGACGGAUCCUUCCCGUAGAGUGUCCCGAUCCGCAGAGCAACCUCGACGAACAUUCCGGGACUCCGGCAGACGGUGGUCCCCCGGCGCCGUCUGGAACCAAAGACCCAGUGGACUCCAGUAAGCCAUGCGGUCAUUAA